ACAGAAAGAGAAGAGAGAGAAGUGGAUGAGAGGGGAGCAGGACCUCUGACCACAUCAUUCAGUUUUUCUUUUUCUUACAACAUACCCCAAACUCGUAGUUUCAUCAGGGUUUGGAAACAUACACGGAAGAGCCAACAAAGAGGCUCUUGAACUUUCCAGCACAGUUUUUUUGGAUGGGAUACAGAACCAGAAAUUCCAAUUCUGCCCCACCCAAGUUAAUGAGCGACUAACCCCAGCUUUAAAAAAGCAUAUUUCUUUCUACCUGCCUCCUUGAUUCAGGGCAUGACUCUUUUACCCUGGGGUCACCAGGCCAUUGGAAGUAAUGAAAAAAUGAGGUUGAAACAGUAAAAUGUGACAUAUGUCCACUGCUGUGAUCAUGGGCUAUGCUCGCUGACUCAGGCAAUGGGACAGGCUGCGGGAGGAAUGGCAGGCAUGCGGCUUGGUGUUGGGAGUUCCCCACAGAAAGCCACGAGCACAGCGCAUUUUCCCAGUGGAUAACGGGCCAGCAGUUCCUGUGGGUGCUGAGGUGGAGCCAGCUCACAUACAGAGAUGCUAAGUGAUGCUUUGAGCCAGUUCCUGCCAAGGUCCUCGGGGCCAGUGAAGCGCUAGGACCUUGACAAACACUCGCUCACUUAAUCCUCACAAGGACCUGGUGAGAGGAAGCCUGGGAAGAUACCUACUUACAAAGAAGGUGGCACCUGACAGCCUGAACUGCCACACCCGAGGGGACAGGGCUAACUACUAGGGGAGCUGGAACUAGAACUCAAGUUUUCUAAUCCAAAGCUCAGCACUGUUCUGUGGCUUAAACAAGUAACUCAAAGAUCUGGGUCCAGUCCCAUUGGGUUGCAAAGGUUUGCAAGGGAAGCCAAGCCUCACUUAUCUUUGCAUGUUCAACACUGAGCCUGUGUCUGGUACAUAGUGGAUGCUCAAUAAAUACCUUAAAUAGCCAAAAUCCAUUUGACAGAUGGAGAAUGGAGGAGGCCAAGAGGGUAACUUCAAGGUUUAUUAUUGAAAAAGCUGGACCUCCAGGCUCUGAGUUAGGCUGUUCACAUACUCACACCUGGGCAUCCUCUCCCCACCCAGAAAUCCAGCUUAAUAAUCAGGGAGCCAGACCCACUCCAGGGCCUGGGAAGCAGGCCUGAGUUUUUUGUCUAUACCAACUACCCGAGAUGUUUUGUCAGUCUGUGGAGGGAGAGGAGACAUUUGGUCACUAGGUUCCUUUUCUUGUCAAUCUCUCUGCCAAGUGUCUGUUCUUGCUAAGCCCCUUCUAAGAGUAAAGGAAUAAGGACGGACUUUUUCUCCUGUUGAAUUUCUGCAUUAAGCAGUUCUUUCUGCCUAUGCUGCUGUGCCCUGGGCCAAGGGAAACCGUUCUCUUUUUUGUGGUUUCAGCAGUGCUACCUGCUGGGGGCUGACGACAGGUAAGCCACAUUCUGAGGGUCUUAGGGGAGCAGGCAGAAAUCCAGCGAGAGGAGUUGAGCCUCAUACUCUUUACCUCUGCAACUGCUCCAAACCCACAUUCAGGUGAAAGCACCAGCGUGGGCCGGGGGACCCACCAGGGGACUCAUGUGACAGCAUCUCUGAGAUGCAGGGCAGUAGCUGACUGGGCUCUAAUGCAGACCAAUCACCCUGGCGGCAGCUCUCAGCCCACCGAUAGCAGUGAAGGUCUUCUAGUCAAUGACUCUCCUAAGGGUAUUCCUUGCCACAUUGUUAACUUUAGUUCAAUUUACCUAUUGUGUCCGAUAUCUUUCUCAUUUUCCUUAGUAAUGUAAUCUGCAAACUGGCAAAAAAAGAUUUGGAAACUAAACCAUUUAAUUAUCUUCCCCUAAACCAGAAAGUAUAUGGGCCAUGAUGAAACCACAUAAAAUACCCGGGGAAAGCCAGUCCCCCAGCACCUCCUGGAUCAGACGUCUCCGAGGUGGUUUCCUUAUCGGCCUAAAGUGAAAUUUUCAGAGCAGACACACUCAUUUUUAAAAGUGUAACCACCAAAACACCUGUCAAGGUGAUUUGUAAAUUACAGGCCCCUAUUAUUAUUUUUAAAACACUCUUUAUAACAGACCACUUUGGAUUACGCACCAUUUUGGAUUUCCUGUACUUCCGGCCGUCUACCUUUCAUAACAUUGUGAUUUGUAAAAUACACCGAAUUCCUCAGUGAUCUGAAGAUAGCCCGUCAGACACCCUCUAUAACUGUCUGACUCGUUCUGGUAAAAACACUUUGUCUCUACGAGGUGUCCUGAAAGUCACCAGACAUACAUACACAGGAGGAAAGUAGGAAAUUGCAGCUAAAUGUGCAUUUACAAAAUAUUCAUUACAAAAUUUUUAUAUAAUAUUUCUCUAUGUGUUGAUAAAUAUAAAAAUAUUAAAAAUAUAAAAUAUGAGUUUGUUCAUUUUGGGACCCUCUGUAUAAUAAACAGCAAGCCCCUCGAGAGGUCACAUCACCUUAAGAGCUUGUUAUCUUCUGCGGUGCCUAGCUCAGGGUCUUACACGAUCGCAGGCAUUUAACAAGUCAGUUUAAUUGAAAUCGGCUUUUAUACAAAUUCUUAAAAAUUGACUACACGAUGGGCUGACAUUGUAAAGAAUCUUCUCACAAGUCUUUUUCCACUUAUAAAAACCACUCAAAAAUCCCUUUACGGGAGUGUUUUGCCCAUAAACAAAACAUGUUGUUUUGGAGGAUUUUACAGGCUUUUGAGGUCAGGUCAGAGAAAGUGCCCUUCUCAUCAAGGUGGGACUGUGUCUGGGGCUCCCUCCAUCUCCACCUCCCAGGAAUGUGCAAUGAGCCCUUGGCUUUCUGACGGCUCUAAUGACCUCCACACUCUGUCCUUCCUGCCUCAGAAUUAGAGGCUUGGUGGUUCAGAAAAUAAUGGCGAUGAAGGAGAGAAAGAUGACUGGACCCCAGAUGGGUGGCCCUCCCAACACCCCCCAACAUGCACAUCCCCAAGCAAAGGAGAACACCUGGAGAUGUGAGUCAUCCACCAGACAGAAGGGAUCUUACCUGUCCGAGAAAGAGGCUCAGAAAGCAGGCAGGAAACAAACGAGAGAAAGACAUAUUUUACGGAGUGACCAAUCACUUGAAGACUGUCACCUGCUGCCUGGGCCACCAGCAACAACACACCCCGGAGGACACAGCAUGCGAGAACAGAGACCCUGAGACUGGGAGAAUUACAAACCCUGGAAUGACCAGGCUCUGUACGCUUUUCAAUAACCAACCAAAACAGGGUCCAUAUUUUAUAAACGUUACAAACAGGGAACGAGAGAUCCAGCCUCUCAUACUUUCCCGCAAUAUUUAGAGCCCUGUUUACCUUAAGUAUAUCUGAAGUUCCUAGUUGGCAGUGGGAGAAAUGAGACGGGCCGCCAACGCAUGAAAUUCUAUGUCCUCUGGGCUCUGCGUGCAGCACUCACACAUACGCUGCUCCCCACGUGUAAAUCACAAGGUACCAGCCAGGAAAACACUCAUUGGCUCCAACUUAGAGCCUAAAUUAACACCACAGGGAAACUAAGUGGCAGAGAGGUUUGCCCAAUACCACACAAGUAGCCACAGUGGGGGUGGGGGGAUCAGAAGUCACAUACACUGAACCCCAAACCCUGCCAUCUGUCUCGUCUCUACGAGGGCCCAAAUAACACUGCCAGUACCUUCAAAGUUACCUAAGCAAGGGGCUUCCAUUCAUAUUCCAACACAUUCUAACAUUCCGAACCAGGCCACAACGAAGGAAUACAACAGAAGCCACAUUUUCCCACUGUCCUUCCAAAGACAGGUGGCAAGGCCGUUCUCAGCUCUACGUGCAGACGCCACCGCUGCAGAGGAGCCCGCUGGUAUUUCUGCAGUGGGCUUAUCUACGCACCCAGCAGAAAUUCAUCCCCUGCUUAGCUAGCUCUAAAGCACUGCUGCUAGUUGACGUGUGGUGAUGAUCUGGCACCUUCAGCUUAUCUCCAAAGCGUUACCCUUAUUCCACAUCCCACUACUGUGAGAGGCUGUUAUGUGACAAAAGCAAAGCGGAGAGAAGAGGCUGCCUGUCCUCUCUGAAGUCCAGAGCCUCCCUGGCUAACUGGUCCUGAGUGAGUGGCUGCCUGGGACUCCAGUCACUUGCUGAAAAAAGCCCCAGCCAUUGAAAAGGAUUUCUGGCCCCUAUUUAAGUAUGUACCAAAGAACUUAGCUUGGAAAGGAUAUGAUAUUUGUAACUUACCUUCAAAUAGUUCAGAGAAAAAAAUGAGCUGUGCACACAGGGAUGUGGGGUGGAAGGGGGGAAGGAGGAAAGGGAGCAAGGGAACAGACACAGCAGAGGGGUGAAAGGUUAAUUGGGAAACCUGAAUGCAGGCUACACGAAUGUUUUUGGUGUUGAUUUUAUUUUUGUAACUUUCAUAUGUUUGAAAUUAUUUCCAAAGAAAAUGUAAAAAAAGAUUUAUCUUUAUCCACCCCCAACAGAAACUAAAAUAAAAGGACAAAAAUAUUCUGUGGCAGAGGUUAGGCAGGUAAAUGAGAAGGAGGUCAUUCAGAGAGGACAGAGGUUUCCAGAGCUGGAGGAAGGGCAGUGUCAACACAGAAGAAUGAUAAGAAGAGGAGGGCGGACAGACAGCAUCACUGUCAUCUCUCUGUUUUUCCUUCUCUCUGGAUGUUCUCAAUUAAGGCAGGCUACUGAGCAGUGAUGGGGCAAAAAAAAAAAAAAAAUCCUUAACAUUUUUAAUCUUGCUUGUAACAGACUCUAUCCGUGUUUCAGAGGGGAAACCCAGCUGGGGAGUGGAAUCAUGUAACCUUGUGAUGUCAACUGCACUUAGAAUGUUCAUCGUCUGGACAACUCAGCCAACCUCUUGGGAGCAGGUGUGUGACCUCCAUGUCCUGCAGUGGUCAGAAUAUGGAGAACUUCUCACUCCUCAGCAUCUCUGGACCUCGAAUCUCAUCUUCUGCCCUGAGCACUUUUCCUAACAUUGUGUCCUCACGUGCCACCAGCUUGCCAGGUAAACUCUGGUCCCAUUAGGGCCACAAAGAUAUGGUUUUAAAAAAAAUCUUUUGAGUAUUCUGUCAGAUCAGGUUACAGGACCACAAUUUAGUGAGAAAAUCAAGUUACACAAGGGGAGAAAAUAUAUUUUCAAAAGGCUACAUUCAUGGUAAAUAAUUCCUGCUGCUUGUUAGUUCUGGUAAGGGAAGCACAGGGGAAUCGUCUGCAUGAAAUCUCAAGGCAGUGGUCUGCCUACAUCUACAUAGGGAGCAGGUACUAAUUUUAGCUCUGUUUCAACAAGCUGGGGAAGACUUAAACUUAUCAAACUGUCAGGAAUUGUCUCAGCAUCAGGGUGACUGAUGAGCAUGUCAAGGAAUAAAGGUGGACAUUCUGAGGACCUCAGACCGGCAACAUCAAUGUCACCUGGAAGCUUGUUAAAAUCAUAGCCUCUCAGCCUCUCUCCCCAGAUUCACUGAAUCAGAAUCUGUAUUUCCAACAAUAUCCCCAGGGGACUCACAUGCACAUUAAAAUUGGAGAAGUACUGUUCUGUACUUCUGUUCUAUGUGGGCGUUCUCUUAAACACCCACAUGCCGGUACAUGUGGCAUUUAUAAAUGUGCUCCCCCUCGGAGCACAGCUACUACCCUGGGAUUUGAAGCAGGUUGGCUUACUAUCCCACCCAGUGUCAGCAGCUACUCCGGGUGUGCUGGGCAGCAAGGGCCCAUAUGGACCCUCUGGGAGGUGGGUGUGAGGUAUUUCCAUGGGAGGAGCAGGCUUCUCACCCUCACGGGGUCAUGCAGCCCUGACCAGCACUCCCUCCCUGCAGCCUGUCCCAGCAUGCCCAGAGGCCUGCAAUGCACAGUGAAGUCAUAUGUGUGAUAAGACACAGGAGGGACAGAUAAGGGGUGGGCUAGGCACAGAGGUGUCAUCCAGACCAUGUCUUAAAUCCCCCUUUCCAGAACAUCUUUUCAUAGGCUUGAAGGCAGUAGCCCCAUAUGGAAUUCUCCAGGAUGUCACCCUAAAUAACUCUGUCUAGCCAGGUUCUAGAAGUCAUUAUUUUGCUUCAACUUUGAGAUGCCUUGAAGCACAGAGAUUGAGCCUCUAGGUAUGUCAUAGUCCCAAGAAGAGGACUCCCAACCUUGCUUAGCUUACCAGAGUGUUUCUUCUGUGACCCAGACAUUGUAAAGACAGCGGUACCCACUGAGACAUCCAGCCCAGCUCAGGCCCUGACAGCCCAGUACCAAAGCAGUGCUCUCCGGCAUGGGGUGCACAACACCACACUCUCAGCAGGUGAGACCAUGUCCGACUCUGGGCGGGGACACCUGAGAAGCUGAGGAUGGACUGGGGCUGCUCCCCUAAGGGGAGGGUGUCCACAGACUGGAUGGCCACACGCUGCCUUUUCACCUGCGUCUCCUACCUGGGCCUUCCGUUUUAGGAGAGAUCUGUAGGCCUGUGCAGGCUUCGUACCUCUCCUGUCCUGAUCUCAGGCUGGGAUGCAAGAGCAGUUUCUGUGUGGGCUACACGAGAUCAGAUAGGUCAUAACCACUGGUGGUCAAAGAAGGACUGAGGGAGGCCAGUGGUCUGGCUGUCCACUGGGCCACCAGUCCAUGUCUAUCCUCAGAGGACAAGUGUCUCCAGGGAGGGAAGGGCAUGACAAGGCUUAGUGACAGAAAGUGGCCACUCCUGCCCAGAGCUCUGAUGGCCAUUGAUACCAACAGAAAAGGAAGGAACAAGAACGACAGCCCCGGGGGCUCGCCCCAGCCCCACUGCCACUCAGGGUGGCAGUCACAGUGGGCUGGAGGGAGCUGAGGGCACACGUGGUGCUUGUUUUCUUGCCCUUCUGUGUUUGCCUGCAGCCUCCAGCCAGCUCAGGUCCCCUGCUCCCUACCAUGGCCAGAGGCUCAGACCCAGCCCUUUCCUUUGCAGACUGCACGCUGGGGGACACUCAGAGUGGGGAGCAGCUGAGGCGGAACUGCACCAUCUAUCGGCCCUGGUUCUCCCCCUACAGCUACUUCGUGUGCGCAGACAGAGACAGCCACCUGGAAACCUACAGCUUCUCAGAGGUGCAGCGGGACGAGGGCAGGGGGGACAGCUGCCUUCUCGAGGACUUGGCUGAGAGCAUCUGCUCGUCCUCUUCCUCCCCAGACAACACUUGCCCUCGAGAAGCCACCAAGAAAUCCCAGCAUGGCCUGGACUCCACGGACUACAUCACAUCCCAGGACAUCAUAAUGGCCUCCAAGUGGCACCCGGCACAGCAGAAUGGCUACAAGUGCGCAGCCUGCUGCCGCAUGUACCCCACCCUGCACUCACUCAAGAGCCACAUCAAGGGGGGCUUCAAGGAGGGCUUCAGCUGCAAGGUGUACUACCGCAAGCUCAAAACCCUGUGGGGCAAGGAGCAGAAAGCCCGGCCCGGAGACAGGCUCUCCUCCGGCAGCUGCCAGGCCUUCAAGUAGUCCUGCCACACACCUCAGGUAAACAGGGUGGUGCCUGCUUAUGACUCUAGAGAGAUGCCAAUAAAUCAAAGUUAGUCACAGCCU